AUGACUGCGCCCGAGUCGCCUUCACAAGUGCCUCCGCGUCCCCCGCCGCUGCUCCGCCGCCACGACGCGCCCCCACACGUCCACUCGCCGCCGGUCGCGCAGUUUGGCGCUGUCGCCACGCGCGCCGACGUGCGCGCGCAGCUGCGCGCGCGCUACGGCCGCCCAGCGCCAUUCGUGACGGAACUGACGCUGCGCGUGGACACAGAGCUCGAACUGCUGCGGCGGCGCUGCUUUGCCCAGCGCAACGCCCAGUGGACGAACGCGACGCCCGAUCAGGUGGCGCUGCAGCCGCUGCCGUGCGGCACGUGGCGACGCGACGCCGCUCGAGCGCACGAUGGGGAGCACCGCAAGCGCCGCAAGACGGACAGCAAAGGGCUUCUCGAGACAGCUGCUGCUGCUGCAGUGGGAGGGGCAGUGGCCGCAGUGGGAGGGGCAGUGCUCGAGACGCCGGCGGAGAGCGACACGUUUGUGCGCGAGCGGCCGUGGCCGCCCCGGGAGUUUGCUGGCAAACCUGUGGCGAAACCCGCGCGGGGGAGAGGGGGAAAGCGCAAAGCGCUGCCGAUGGGUGCGGUGCUGGAGCCCGUUCCGCGCGUGGCCAAAGUGUGUCGCGCGUGUCGGACGCAGUCGACGCCGUUGUGGCGGACAGUGCCGUUGCACGAGAUGGACAGUGACGAUGCCGGUGCCGAUGCAGUGGGGACGGGUGCAGUGGCAUUGACGCCGAUCAAUGGGGGGCAGCGCGGGGGGCAGCUGACGAGUGGAAUAGCGGGAGACGACGGCACGCAGCCGCAAAAGGGGGCCGAAAGCGUGGCGCUGUGCCUCGCGUGCUACCUCAAGCUCGAACGAGCGGAUCUGUUUGCGAAGAAACGGACCGACAGGACGAGGGACGAGCGCCGGAAGCAGGAGCAAGCAGCGGCAGCUGCGCUGCAGGAGAAGAGGCGGCUGAAGCAACAGACGCAGUCGCUGAAGAAGCAGCAGCAGCAGCAGCAGUUGCAGGAGAAGAAACACAAGAAGCAGGACGGUGUGGGCGUGCAACUGGUGCUUGAUGAUGAAACAGUGGAUGAGCGUGUACCUGAAGCUGGUGCAGCUUCUGAUGCACAGAGCUUUGCGGUCGCGAAGGAGGAAGUCGAUGUUGCAACGGAGCCAUGGAAGGACAAGAAGAAGGACCGGAAGCAUAGUCACAAGGACAAGAAGAAGAAGAAGAAGCAUCGUCGCAAGGUCGAUGAGCUAGACGACCUGGAAAGCGAUGGCUUGACCCCGGUGCCAUCUCCUGCGCAGAUGAAUGGCCAUGUGUACGCAGAUCGAAGCCCGGAGGUAUACGCCAAUCCACCGGUUUCAGCGCUCGAGACGGACCGAGCGAGCUCGAAAAACCGACCUGCGGAUCCUGUGGCGGCUGAAGCAGAGUCAGAAGUGCCAGACGAUGUUCUCGACGAUCCUAAAGACGAAGCGGUAUCUGCUGCUACUGCAAGGUCAUCGUCCCGAAAGCGCAAGAGCGCCCAACGAACCGAGCCGGGUGUAUUGGCUGAAUCUCCCGUGUCUGCGCCUAAAAAGCGCAGCACGUCUUUGUCCAGGGCCUCACGCUUAAAACAGACACCUGCACGUGCAACGACGCCGGUGCCUAGUGUCGGUGCUGUAUCCCCGGCCGCUUCUGUGAAGAAACGAUUGCGCACGAAAAAAGAGUCGGCGCACGAGCGUGAGCUACGCGCUCUGGGCCAGUACUGCCCCGUCUGCAACGAAGUAUACGAGGACGACGAUCCGAACACAUUUGUCUGCUGCGACUCGUGCGAGCUCUGGGUGCACGGUGCCUGUGAUCCGACUCUGACACAGGAACUGAUUGCAGCUAUGGCGAACACGGACGACAAGUACGUUUGUCCUUUGUGUGCUGGGCGGUGA